GAUCCUUCCGCGCCGCCCUCUCACCCACGCAGGAGAGCGGAGGCGCGCGGCGCGAGGGCAAUAGUGCGCGGCGGAGUGAUUCGAAGGCGGGGCGGGGCGCCGGGCGCCAUAUAAGCACCGAGCGGGGGGAUGCGUGGCGCAGUUGGCGCUAGCUGAGCUUUGUGGUGUCGCUGUGGCCGAGCAGCGCCGCGGGAAAAAUGCAGAUUUUCGUGAAGACCCUGACUGGCAAGACCAUCACCCUUGAGGUCGAGCCCAGUGACACCAUUGAGAAUGUCAAGGCCAAGAUCCAGGAUAAGGAAGGCAUCCCUCCUGAUCAGCAGAGGCUGAUUUUCGCUGGGAAGCAGCUGGAAGACGGCCGUACCCUGUCUGACUACAACAUCCAGAAAGAAUCCACUCUGCACCUGGUGCUGCGCCUGCGGGGUGGAAUGCAGAUCUUUGUGAAGACCCUGACUGGCAAGACCAUCACCCUUGAGGUCGAGCCCAGUGACACUAUUGAGAACGUCAAGGCCAAGAUCCAGGAUAAGGAAGGCAUCCCUCCUGACCAGCAGAGGCUGAUUUUUGCUGGCAAGCAGCUGGAAGAUGGCCGUACCCUGUCUGACUACAACAUCCAGAAGGAAUCUACCCUGCAUCUUGUGCUGCGCCUCAGAGGUGGGAUGCAGAUCUUUGUCAAGACCCUGACUGGCAAGACUAUCACUCUGGAAGUCGAGCCCAGUGACACCAUUGAGAAUGUCAAGGCCAAGAUCCAGGAUAAGGAAGGCAUCCCUCCUGACCAGCAGAGGCUGAUCUUUGCUGGCAAGCAGCUGGAAGACGGCCGUACCCUGUCUGACUACAACAUCCAGAAGGAGUCAACUCUGCACCUUGUCCUGCGCCUGCGGGGUGGUAACUGAACCAGCAGGUUGUUGCUUCCAAAUAAAAGGUUCCCUGCACUUGUUCAUUCCAAUAAAGCUGUUGCAUCCGUGAAA